AUGUCUGACAAACCCGAUAUGGCUGAGAUGGAGAAAUUCGAUAAGUCGAAGUUGAAGAAGACAGAAAUGCAAGAGAAAAAUCCUCGGCCUUCAAAAGAAACCAUUGAACAAGAGAAUCGUAAUGAGGCGAGCGCCGCCGAUUUGCACUGUACAUUCCACAGGCGUUGCCUUCUUAUUUUACUUCCCUGA